GGCGACUGCAUGUUCUUUACACUCUGUGGUUCAGCUGAACUUCUGGUUCAACUGAUUCUGAACCCUUCGAACGUUGCGUGAAACACUGCUUGGAGCCGCUGCUGUGGAUGGCAAAGUCUUAAUAAUGAAGUAGAAUCUGUAAUGUUUACUUUUUAUCAAAAAGUUGCACAUGUGUUUUAGCUCGAACGGUUUAAACAUUGCGAUUAAAGAGUAGGGAUUUGAUAAAUGAGUUGAUAAGAGUAUAAUUCGAGUCGUCUACUUGCUGUUCGGGGUUCGUUGUAUUCGGAUUGACAUUUGCAUAUUUGCUGACUUAAUAGGGUUUUAUCGAAGUGUUGCGUAGUACUAAACGAUGUCGAAAACGACUAGUCCUCAGCGAUUUGGUGAAGGAAUGGAUCAUUAUUACGAUCCGAAUUUUACAGCAGAUAUUAGCCAGAAAAUGAGAGUUCCAAAACGAAUCAAAGUGGGAGGAAGUGGAGAUGAUGUAACAGCACCUACUGUAGGUCCUGUACCUGACAAAUUUGAAAUGCAUGUGCCUGAUAGGAUUUUAGUUGCAGGACAAGAGCAGCAUAUUGGGACCAGAGCACCUCCUAGGGAGCUUAUCUUAGAAAAUUCUGUAAUGCCUCCUGAUCCAGGACUUAUCAGAGUACAACUAUGUAUUGUGUUAAGGGAAUUACUGUUUAUUACUUUGGAUGAAUAUUCAUUUCCAUCUGCUGAUGAUGCACCCACUAUUCCUGAUAGAGAGGAAAAAUUUGUUUCUUUACCUCAUCCAAAGUCAAAAUUCAAUACUGAUCAUCGCUUGCUUGCAAGAGGGGAUACCCCACCCAUUGGUGCAGGCGGGGAGGGCCUUUCCCCAGCAGAAGAAGUGUUGCACUUGCGUAAACAAAUGGCAAAAUUGAAUCGGCGGGUGAUGGCCAUAGAGUUGGACAACCUGCAGCGGCAGCAACGAGAAAAAUUCUUGUGUGCCUUGGGACUGGCGUACUUCUUCCUCAAGACUGUUCUGUGGUUAUCACGAUCCUCAUAGGGUGUAUUGAAUGUUGCAAGUUUCUGAAAUGUCUUUUAGAAAUAUGCUGUUUAAAGCAAUUACUUUAACUUGUGAUGUUCACUUGUUAAUAACGUAUUUGCCAGUAGUAAAUGCGAGUCUGUAUAGCUGUAUCGUUCUUCUUGUUGUAUGAAAGUUGUAAUAUAGUGAGCUGGAUGGACCGCAUCAAAGUGGGUUAUGCUGUAAGAAAUCAUAUUUAAAUUUGUGAUUGCAAAUAUAAAAUGUUGAAAAUUUUCAUUUAAAUAUUUUGACAGUUUUUCUUGUACAUUUUUCUGCUCUCUUUUAUAAUUAUUUCUGUUAAAUGUUUACUAAUUUGUACUGAGGCAUUUACAACAUUCUUCAGUUUCAUAUGUUGUGUACAGAUAAAUAUUUCAUUCGAAGAAGAGGUUAUAUUGUAAGGUAAUGUGUCAAAAUAAACAAUGUUGAGUGUUAUUGUUUUGAACAAUUCUGAAAUGAUUUUUCUCCAUUACUUCUUUAUUCAUUUUAUUUUAGAGACUUCAUUCAUUUUACUUCAUAGGCUUAUUUGUUUUUCCUUUGGAGAAAAUAUUGACAUUUUUGACUCAUUGGAUUAUAUUAUGACAUGUAAGAAGCUAUUGCUGACAUUACUUUGUUGAUGCACUACAAAAUUUAUUCUAUAGAUCUUUUUGCAUUUCGGAGGCAUUGAUGGAUUUGUGAAAAUAUGGACUUUAGGAAUAGAAAUACAAUAUUGAAAUAAAAUGUA